UCCAAACUCCAAAACCCAUUCAUUUAAAAUAUAUAUAUAAACAACACAAAGAAUCGCAUUCACAAAACAAAACCCAUCUGUUACACAUUCUUCUUGAUUUCUCAGCAUCUUUUUUCUUCUUUCAGCAAAGGGAUUCAUUCAUUCGAUCAGGGCAAAACUCAGAAGAUAUGUGUUGUGGAGAUGGCGAUUGUAGGCCUCUCGGCUUCUUGCUUGGCUUGCCUUUUGCUUUCGUUUCUCUUCUCCUUUCCAUUAUCGGCGUAAUUAUAUGGAUUGUGGGAUUGACGCUUACUUGCAUAUGUCCUUGUUGUUUGUGCUUAACGGUGAUAGUGGAGCUUGCUUUGGAGCUGAUCAAAGCCCCAUUUCAUGUCAUGGAGUGGUUCACCUCUCAGAUUCCUUGUUGAUUGUUCAUAUUUAUCAAAGAGGAAAGUGGGAGAAGCAUUAUAUUGUGUAAUUAGAUUACCUUGUUUGUGUGAGAUUUGCAUUGGAUAUGAAUAUGGAGCUCUGUGUGUUCUUUGCUUCAAUGAAAUAGCCUUCCAUUGAUUGUUUAUUUCAUCAAUAAUCAAUAUAGAAUUGAGGUUCACUUUUACAAUA